GACGUGGUUGGGAGGCAAUGUAUUGCGGCACGUUAAAAGCCUAGAAGUGUUCACUGGAAUGAUGUUAAUUCGUAACGAUCUUCAGUUUGUUGUUAUUGGAUUAUUGUGUUACUUCGGACAACCUGGAAAAGGCGCGGAACCUCUAGGCAGUACAGAGCAAGAGUGGGGCCAUGUGACAGUAAGACGGGGAGCUCACAUGUUCUGGUGGUUGUAUUACACCACUGCUGAUGUGUCGAAUUAUACGGAGCGACCGUUAAUCAUAUGGCUGCAAGGUGGUCCUGGAAUGCCAUCUAGUGGUUAUGGAAACUUCAUGGAAAUUGGUCCACUUGACAUAAAUUUUGAAAAAAGGAAUUACUCUCUGAUACAAGAUUUCAAUGUUUUAUUCAUUGACAAUCCAGUUGGAGUUGGCUAUAGUCACGUUGAUGGAAAUGAUACAAAAACCCCGAAAAAUAACGAAGAAAUUGGCGAAGAUCUAUUUCGUUUUCUUAAAAUAUUUAUGAACAGAAAAGAAGAUUUUCAAAAUGUGCCGCUUUACAUUUUUGGAGAAUCGUAUGGUGGAAAAAUGGUUGUCGAAUUCGCUUGUCAAAUUGCUAAGAAAAAGAAAAAACACAACAAACACAAAUGGAAUUUCAAAGGAAUAGGUUUGGGUAAUUCUUAUAUAUCUCCAGUGGAAUACAUAAGGAGUUAUGCACCACUGGCUCAUCAGUUGGGAUUAGUUGAUAAGCAGGGCUUCACACGAAUUGAUGAAUUGGCCAAACAAAUUGAAGUUUUAAUUAACAAAAAAGAUUUUGAAGAAGCCGCUGACGUGGAACUCACAAUGAUGCAGACCCUAGUCAAAGAGAUGCCAGGCGUCGACGUUUACAACUUUAAUGCGCGGACUAAUAUCAGCUCCGAACCCAGUCUCUUCUCUUAUUUGGGACUGUUCACUGAAAGAAUGAACUCCGUUGUUAAGGAAUACUUAGGAGUUGCAGGAAACAGGGAGUGGAGUUUUCUAAACAAUGACAUAUACGAAAGUCUAAGCAAGGACUUACUAAAAUCUGUAGCGAAAAGAGUUGAAUUUCUGCUGAAUAAUACUGAUAUAAAAAUUAUUGUCUACAAUGGUGCACUAGAUUUCUUGGUAAAUACAGCAGGGACCAGACUGUGGAUUGAAAAUUUAAAAUGGAAAUCCAGGGACAAAUGGAAAGAAGCGUCUCAGCAGCCUUUUAGCGUGGAUGGGUACAUUGAAGGACACGUAAAGCAGGUUGAUAAUUUAUUGCUCUAUGUGAUAUUCAGAGCUGGACAUAGCGUCCCUGUGGAUAAUAUGUUGGCAUUUAAGCAUAUGCUGAUGAAGGAACUCGUUUACUCUGAAUUGUUGACGUCUAUAUUGUACUAGAUAAUUUUAUGAUAAUACAUUUUUUAAAACCAA